UCUCCCUCCCGCCGAGCGCGCCAACAACUAACGUCUCCAUGUGAUGACGUCGAGCGACGCGUCACAGUGUUUUGAGUUUCAAGCGCCUUUACCCCGGGAACGGUUGAUCGAUCCCAUUUGAUGAUGGAAACCGACUUCAUUGUCAGCUUGAUGAUCAUGUAUGAGGACGAGUCGGUGGAUGUUCGCUACUCGAACGGAUCCCAGUUGCAACUGUCGUCGUGCGGAGGUGAAUUCCUGCUGGUGAAAGCCACAGAUCCCACCGGACAUCCUCUGCAAGCGAGGGAGAGAGUCCGACAGAGGACGAGGUUCACUAUCAGCACAUACAAGGAGUUAAUGGUAGCUGCACUGGCAUUUAGGAAUAAAUAUGCAAGUCGACCAUAUUUGCCAGAGGAACUCAUCCCUGCUGAACACAAGAAGUCUUUUUGCAGCAUUGACUCCGACAUAAUGUGGCCUGAGUUUUCUUCCUGUGAAGCUGAGCUUGGGCCCGGAGGUGAGACCAUCAUCAGGUCUGAGGACGGGCAAGCUGCGCUGAUGCUGUCGGCCUCUGGUGAAGAAUUCUCCAUCGAAUUCCCAUGCAGGCUCAGCCAGACGCAGAAUCGUCAGCGCAGUGUGGAGUGUUUCAGCAGAGAUCCUGAUGGCAGGCCGGGUAGGCAGCAGCAUCCAGGAGAGAUGUACCAAUCCACCGCAGUGGUCCAGCAUCACUCCUGCUUUGCUUAUGCCCCCACGUGGUGCUACCCUCUGUCUUUAGCUUGCCACAACUGGAUGACUCGUGUCUGUAAACUUACAGAUGUUGGAGCAGAGGGCCUGUGCAAUUCUGCCCUGACAGACAAGAAAAUAAAUAUGUCUGACGCAUCUAGUGAAAAGAGAAGGUCUUGCCUACCUCAGGCGCUGGCUCUCACAUGUCCAUCCCCUCACAGGCACAGGUGGAAAAGUAAAGAUCAAGACCUUCCAACAGAGCUGAUGAAAGUGAUGUGGUGUCAAGGAGUCACCUACAGGAUACUGAGUGGAGCUGUGUCAGUAAUAGAGGUUUCCCCAGGAGAUGGAUCGGUGAUUCGGUCUAACGGCGUCCUUAACACUUAUUUUAGCCAUCACCGACCCGAGCUCCAUUCAGGGCAGGUGAAAGAGAUAUCAUAUCAUUUGAAUAGCCUUCCACCAGAUGGAGUUGGACAGGCCUACUCCAUAUGCUCUAUUGUGAAUCGAGCAAACAGGAUCCUCACUUGCUAUGACCAAGCCAAGCAAUCACUGAAUCUCCCUGCCACACCCAGCUGCUUGCAAGAGGCCAAAGAAGGCAGAGGUUUCUCUAAACCAUCAAUGCUUGAAGAAAAUCUUUCCAGUCCUGCACCUGGCGAGCAUCACAUGAACCUCACACACAGAAUAGAACACCGGUCAGAUCUUGUAGCAGCAGAACUGGAGAAGAUAAAACGCUUUAACUUUCUUCUGGAGAACAGCCAACUGCAAAGAAGUGAGAGAGGAUGUGUGGAGCAGAGAGGUCGUUCUGAAGUUGAGGAGACUAAUGAAUCGGUGAACGAGAGCUCCAUUGCUGAAGCUCUUCGGAGGACAUCCAAAGCCAUACAGGACAUCGAUUCUCUCGUGUCUGCAGCCACAUCAACUUGAAAGAGUCGAAGAGAAAAGUAGAAGAAACCCCUGCGUUGGAGCUUCAAAUGUACAAGCACAGAAGCCAACAACAUAUAAACAUGUCUUUAUGCUUUCCCGUUGUUAAUGCUUUUGUCACCAAUCAGUCACUUCCUUUACAGCAUCAGAAAUUAUAACUUGCAAUGAUGUAAAAUCACUUGAGCACUUUAUAUUUCUACUUCCUACACCAAUAACCAGGUCUGUCUGUAAGUGGUAAUUAAUUAAAAAUUGAUUUGUUUUUCCCAA